UGAUUUAGUAAAAAAUCUUCCUAGUCAGACUUGUUGCCUCCCACAAUGUAUCAAGGCUAACUGUUUUUGUCAAGCGACAGGUUUAGGAGACCAGUGGCUGUGCGCAUGUGGUUGUGGAUGAUUCAGCGAGAGUCGAGUCCAGUGAGCAGAGCACUUGACAGCGGCGAGCUUAGCAACGCUAGCUAGCUACUGAAYAAGCGAAACAAGCGUUUUUUCGGACAAUGAAUAUUUGACAAGAAAUUUUAAUGAACAAAUGACCACUAGGAGAGAGGCGACGACAAAAUCUUGAUGCUUUGAUGGACCAUACAUAGCCAUACGCCUGGCUGAAGAAAAAAAAACCAUCUGCUUCAGGGAAAGGUGUUAAUGUUACUUGACAACUAGCCAUAAUGUUUUGGAUUUGACUUGCUCAGUCAUAGAUAUGGUGCUUUCAUAUCAAGCAGUGUUUGUAAGGCCAUUUAACUGAACAUUUUUAUUGAGGUAACUAGCUAGCCAGGCUACUGCUGGCUUGAAUUUGCUAGCUAGCUUACUAGCCAACGUUAGCAAUUGGACCUGCACUUGUUAUUCAAUCAACCAGCCUAUUCACUCCUCAAUUCAGGAAUUUGCGGUCGUGCAUGUUAAUGCAUCAUCAUCUGUUUCAAUAGCUCUGCCAGCCCUGCACACCCAUGAUCCAGCAGGCAGCUGAUGGAAGAUCCGGUUCCCAACUUGCCCACCAUGGUCUCCAGGCUACCCAAGUUUGGCUCGCGCCCCACGGCCGUGGCUGCCACCGCCCCACUGACCAAUGGGACCCGCCACCACCCUGCCUCCAGCACCACAGGCAAAGGGUUACCCACUACCACCACCAGGCAGAACGGAACAAUCCGUAUGCCCUCCUCCUUCUCUCUGAAGGGGAAGAAGGGGAAAGGGGGAGACCCUGUGGAGAGGGGGGUGGACUCAUGGGAGGAGCACAGAACUGGAGCUGGGCAUCACCCCCGACAACCGCAGCACUUACCAAUGGUGGUACGGGAGAUUAAGAAGCCGUCUAGCAUGCCUGCCACAGUUAAGGUACAGGGGUGUGCUUCCACCUGCCCCAGGACUAUACGCUCCAGAACUGGGUCUCGCGGGGCCAUCCCCAAACAGGCCUUGUCUGGACARAGUCUCGGCAAUGGCAAAGCGGGUCUCAACGGCCAGGCGGGUGGUGGUGGGCGGUCUGGGACCGGUUCACUCAGGCGGGGCCAAAGCCGUGGUUCUCCCCACAGCAACCUGACCAGCAGCGUAUCCCAGUCCAGUGACAGCCUGGAGACGGCCACAGAGGAGAACAUGUUGCGCUCCCAGAGCCUCACCCACGUCAAGAGGAUCCCCUCCCCCACCGAGCCACCCAUCAUCCGCUCCUACUCCUUCAACAGGGCCUCGGAGCUUGCCAAGGAGCUGCCCAGGCCUCUAGCCAAGUCCCCGCUGGUCAAGACAUCUCCCCUGGCCAGACCCACCACUGUGCUGAGUAGUGGGGGGAGAGGAAAAGGCCUACAUCUUAGUAAGGGUUUACCUAGGCCAGGCAGGGCUGGGGUGGGAACAACUAGCUGCAUCUUGCCACCCAUCACACUGAGGAAGUCCUUACUACCUAGUUCAGCCUCCUCCACCACCAAGCCUUCGGCCCUCAGCUACAGGCUCACACGACCCUCCCUCAUCAAGCAGCCUCACCCUGUCCUGGCCACCACCUCCCAGAAGGUCCAUGGCAACAGAAAGGAAAGCGAGRGGAGGAGGAACUCGGUGGAGAUGCCCCCUGUCACCCCAGACCCGAUCRGCAUCACUGACAGCCCAGGGAGCACCACAGAGGGCCUGCUAGAGGAGCCUGUGGGCCCCAGUGGGGUCCAUCCCCUGGGGGAAGGUCUGGAGGACAUGUCACUCUCAUCCACCUCCUCGCUGGAGCACGACGACACCAGCGAGGAGUACAUGGACGAUUUUGACAACCUGGGAAAUGGAGGAGACGGCAUUCUGCUGCUCCCGGCCCAGAACGGAGGGCUCGACCAAUCACAGCCUGACUUGGAUGAUGACAACGCAGACGUCAACCGACGGCACGGUGGAACCUCCAUGACUGGCCUUCACAGCUUCCUGUCUGACAGUGUGGACUGGGCCAGGAUAGGACUCACUGGGGGGUUGUCUCGGCGUACUAGCCAGGCCCUGUCUGGGGGUGCAGAAUACCCCCUUGGCUCAUCUCUGGACCUGUCCCCCUCAGACUCUGGCUCGGGGGGGACCUACAUGUGGGACGAGGAGGGUCUGGAGGCCCUUGGGACCAUCACACACCCCUGUGGGAGUUACGACUCAGACCUCAACAGCAUGGACAUACUYAACAACCUGGACAACCUGGAGUCUGGGUGUGACCUGGAUGACGAUGACCUCAUGCUGGACGAUGACCUCCCUGAGCAUGGCUCCUUGCACAGUGAUACUGAUGGGAUGUCCCAUCUGACACACUGGAGAAGACAGCUCUGUUGGACUGCAGAGGAUCACCUCCACAAUGACAACUGCACCCCCGUCUCACGUGCAGUGACUGACUGUCUCCUCUCUCCCCAUCUUACUCUGACUGUCCCCCCCUCUCUCUCGUGUUCUCUCGGUCUUUCGGCCUCCCUGUCCCUCUACCUCUCCAGUAGUGACUGUGUGUUCCAGACCUAUGAUGGGUACCAGAGUCAGGGCACAGGCUUGGCAGCCCCUCACCAGGCUGUGGAGCUGGAUGAGCUGACACUGAAACACAUGGCAGAGGACUGCUGCUCUGUAAAGGCCCAGCUAGAACACCUGAAGCUACUGCUGCAGGUGGAGGGUGGUAGUGAGAUGGACAACACUCUGGAUACAUUGAGUCCAGAAUCCAGAGAGGACCCCGUUCAAGCUCGACAGGUGGAAGAGCUGUUGAAGGAGGUGCAGGAGCUGAGAGAGGAGUUGAGAAGUAAAGAUAGGCUCAUUGCUCAGCUCACCAAGCAUGUGGCUGUUCCUGUCGAGCCCACGAGAUGCCACUGCCAGCAGCACAGGGACGUGGAAAGAGUGACGGUGACCUACCAUGACAAGGCCACACAGACUCCACCGUGGAGGGGACAUGCUCCUCAAAUACUACAGCCUUCCAGGCCAUGGCCCAACAGCGUGCAGCAACCCCAGCCCCAGGAAACACUAACAAGCUCAGCCCACACCGAGGCCCCCCGAGACUCCUCCAACCCUGGCUGUGGGGACUCGGCCAAAAUGAUCCCUGCCCCUAGCCUCCCGCAGUCCCCCGGCUCUCUGAAAAUAGCCUCCAUCACUAAGAGGCCACAGGAAGGCCCCACAACCAACUCCACCCAGACGUCCAUGGCAGGCUUCCCCAGGGUGGUGAGAGGAAUCCAGUGUAGGAGCAGUCUCAGGCCGGGCUUCACAGCUCCACAGUCCCGGCUGCCCCCACCUCCCUUCAGAGGUCUGCCCAGCUACAGCUCCGCGAACCAGGCCUCUGCCUCCUCCCAGGGCCCUGUACUGCCGGCCUGCCCCCGGACCAAAGCACCCAGACAGACUCCAGGCCUCAGAGAACCAGAGAUUGGCGGACUCAAGGCCAGAGGUCUAGUCCAUCCCAGCCUCUUACGACUUCCCAAGCCAAAGAGCCACUGACUGCUAUCUCUCAACUCUCAAACAUUGCCAUGUAGCAAGACCACUCAGCACCACCUUCUACCCAUUCUAACCCGAAAGAUCUGACUUCUUCUAAAGGUUUCCAGGCCUCACCUCAGCAAGGUUACAGUGUCUACCCUGUAAGAAAGGAAGACUUGUAGAUUAUAUCCAAAAUAACAAACUAGGUGGUUCAAGCCCUGAAUGCUGAUUAGCUGACAGCCGUGGUGUAUCAGACCGUAUAUGGGUAUGACAAAACAUU